GGACGUUGCGCGUGGUGGCGUCUGCGUGAACCUGAGGACGGAGACAUUGAAAUCGUUGUGACGCGCGAACCAACUCGCGAUUCGCGGAUUGCAAUCUCGGUUCUUCCUCCGAUGCGAUUUUCCUUCGCUCCGUCUCCCGCCACCAUGAUUUUCCGCUAAUAGGUUAAUAGGUUAUAGUCUUGCCGACCGCGAGUCGCACCGCGUUUUCCGCCGUCCAGUGGAUUUUCACCUUUUCGCCUGGACCUUCCACCGCCUUGUGCCAAGAGCUCUCCGAGUAUCCUGGUUUUGUGUUCGACUUGACGUGUAUAGUGUUUUUUUAGGUGUUCAGUGUUUUAGAGGUUACCGGUCAUUUUUUUUCAAGAUGAGUGCUAAUGACUCUGCCUCAUGCACAGACGUCAUUAAAGGCAGAGGGAAAGAACUACCUAGGAAAGAAGUGGAACGAAUUGCACAAGAUGAGCUGCGUGAAACUAAAAAUGUACGUGAAACCGCCCUUCAGCAGUUUAGAGAAUGGGUUGCUAAAAAUAAAGACAUCUCAUCAGUCAGAACAGACGCAUCUUUCCUACUACGAUUCCUCAGAGUGAAAAAAUUUAGUUUACCAAUGGCCCAACAAACUUUACUCAAGUAUUUGAACUUGAGGAAAACGUUAUCACACUACUUCAGUUUAAUUAGCUACGAGGAUGCGGCACUCAUGCACAUACUGACUAAUGGGUUCAUUUUCGCCUCACCAAUCAGAGACUCUCUCGGUAGGAGAGUGAUAAUCUACGUCAUUGAUAGAUUCAAUCCAUACAAAUAUGGCUGUGGUAUUAUGGCUCAGGUUUUCUUGAUGACGUUUGAAACCGUCCUCGAAGAUGACGUCACUCAAAUCACCGGAGUCACGCAUUUUGCAGACUUGCACGGCGCAUCAGCUGCUUACGUCACACUCUGGUCGCCGUUGGAGUUUGUGCGAGCUGUUAGAUGGGGUGAGCAAUCAAUGCCAAUGAGAAACAAGUGCGUAAAUAUUCUCAAUUGCCCGACGUCUGUGAGAUACAUACUCGACUUCUGUAGAGGACUCCUAAGUACUAAAUUAAAAUCCAGAUUUUUCAUCCAUGACAGCAUUGAUGGUCUCAAAUCUAAAAUUGAUGCGAAAUGUUUGCCAAAAGAAUAUGGUGGGGAAAUUCCCAUGAGCGAAAUGCUUGAGUUGUGGAAGAAAGAAGUCUGGGCGAGAAAAGAUCUGAUUUUGGCGAACAAGGAGAUGCAGAUCCACGAUACCAGUGGGAUUCAAACCCGCAAAAGUAGAAGUGGAUGCCAGCCACUUAACAACACCGAAACCAAUAUCAUGGCCGUCAGCGGUAGUUUUCGACAGUUAAACGUUGACUAGUAACGUUUUCAAUCCUUUACGCUAAGUUCCUUACUCUUAUAUCGAAAUAUGCAACAUGCUUUAAGCAAAUGUGUUGCGGUCAUAGAGUUUUCUAUCACUGCAAAUUAUGUUCGUAAAAUUUCAGCGAUCUGUGUUGGCAGCAUCACUGAAGGCAUAAAAAUGGAAAAGUGUUCGGAUUUGCCUAGAAGAGUUUAAAUCAAUCCUCCGUUCCUACCAACACGCUCACCGUGAUUUUUGAGCGAUUUAACAUGAGAACUAAGUUUUAUGCUUUCUAAAAUUGUUUUGUGACACAAUAGCAGUGUUCAAGUAUUCAAAGUCUACAUUUGAAUGAACAAAACGCAUUAUGCCAAUUUCCAAGAAUUACCACUGAUCUAACCACGUCACUAGGUUCUGGCAAAUAUUUUCAUCGUUUGAAAUUUCUGAGUAAUUUUAUCUACCUGGAAGCAGAUGAAGAGUGGCAGAGAAUGGAUUAUCUUUCAAAAUAACCUAAUCUAGUUCUAAAGAAAUCGUCUCUCUUAUUCUAGUGAAAAGUUUUAUUUUUGUUACAAUUUUGAUAUUUUGAAUUAGUUCAUCUGUACAUCUAAAGACUCCGGUCAAUGAUUCCUAUAUAAAAUAUAUGUAAAGAUAUACUUAAUUGUCUACUUUUCUGUAACCAUGUGAACUGAGCAGGCGCUCAGCUUUUUUCAGCAAUUCAGAGAGUUUGUAAAAUAAUUUCAUAAAAAUUCAAAUUAUGUAAAUUCA